GGGGGGUUGAAACUAAGUGAUCAUUGUGGUCCUUUUCAACCCAGGCCAUUCUAUGAUCCAAUGAUAUGGUUUUAUUCAUUUGUCUUAUAAUCAAGUGUUUUAGCUCUAAUCAGUCGAUAACAUAAAGAUCCAUUGACUCAAAUUCUUCUGGUAUUUGACCCAGGAGGUACCGUGUGGUGCUCGUAAUCAUGCCUUGGAAAUCCUGGAAAAAAAAGUGGGUGGAAGGAAAAAAAAUAUGGUCCGGAAGUCCUUUUGGAAAAGAAGAAAGCAGUAGGAAGUAAAGAAGGUUAAUGCCAUUUGGGUUAUGUUAGAAGUUUUUUUAAGUGCUGUUUUCAUACUGUGUUACUGAGAUGUAGAGAAAUAGUGAAAAUGUACAAACAUUUAUGGAAAUUAGAAGUGAGGUGAGGCUUUAGUGGUGCUACUUAAUAAAACUUUCUGCUGUGCUAACCCUCUGUUCUUAUGACUUGCAUUAGGGCAGAGCAGUUCAUUCUAUUUUUUAAAUGUCAAGGUGACCAUGCUGUUCUGUGUGUCCGAAUCACCAAUGUAGCAGCAGCUGUAACAAAAGAAGCCAGACUUCACCUGUUUCAAGCACAGGAGUGGCAGAAGCUACAGAAUCACAUCCAGGAUCACAGCUGUACAGAGAAAUUCUCUAAAGCUCAACUGACAAUGACUGUGAACCACACAGAGCAAAAUCUGACAGUGUCCCAGAUUCCUUACCCGGAAACAUGGUAUGUGUUUUAUGUAGACAAGUUUACCUGCGACGAGAAUUAUUCUGAAUCCGAGGAUAUUCAGUUUGAAAUGGUCUUACUAAAUCCCGAUGCAGAAGGGAAUCCAUUAGAUCACUUUAGCGCAGGGGAGUCUGAUGAACACCUCUUUAUUCAGAAUGAAAAACAGCAACACUGCCAGAAUCCUGAAGUGACAUGCCUAUGUCUACUUUUCAAAGAACCGAGGAGGAUUUCUUCUCUCUAGAACAUUAGACCAUCAGAGAAGAGAUCCAGGUUCAUUUUUUUGUAUUUUAUUUUCUUUGAGUGGGAUAACAUCUGCUUAGCUACAGAUGGUUCCAGUUAAGUCACUCUUUACUCUAGUCUCUAAAAUUGUGUCUCUGCUGUGAAGCAUUCUCAAAAUUAAAUGGACUAUAAAGAAAGUAUAGGAAAGAACUUGCAACUAUCACUUUCUGAUUAGGGUGUUUACCUUUUGAGAGAAGAAGGCCUGGUUUCCAGUCCCUAGCAAGCAAUUUUUAACAUUUUAUGUGGUAAGAUAUUUAGAUAAGACUGGCAGUGGGAUCUAAAGCUUGCAAGGGCAGCUGACUGGGUGAACAGCAUCUGGAUGAUCUUGAAGUUAGGUACUUGAAAUGAACAUACAUGUUUUAUUUUCUGUGUCAUAGAAUGGUUUGGGUUGGAGGGGACGCUAAAGAUCAUCCAUUUGCAACUAUCUGACGUGGGCAGAGACAUCUUCUAUUAGAUCAGGUUGCUCAAAGCCCCAUCCAAGCUGGGCUUUCUAAGAAUGGGGCAUCCAAUAACUUCUCUGGGCAACGUGUUGCAGUGCAUCCCUGCACUCUGAGUGAAGAAUUUUGUCCUGAUGUCUAAUUCAAAUCCACCUUCUUUUCAUUUAAAAGCACUAUCCUUUGUCCUAUCACUGCAUUCCCUGAUAAAGACUUAUUUCCCCAACUCGAAGUGAUGUGGAAGGAGGAAAACUUAAAAAGACAGCUUGAAAAUCACUUCUGUUGGGUGUUUUUGGUGGAGUGUUUUUGGUUGUGGGUUUGAUUUUGUUGGUUUUUUUUUGUCUCACACCAAUCACCACAGUUUCUCUCUAGUGGCAAAGAGCUUUCUAUCCUAAAUGCUUAUUGUUAAAAGCCUUUCUUUUUUUCCUAAAAGAGUUUUUAAAGUGCACCCAAUCAUCACAAUGAGAAAUAAUAUAUCUACGUAAUCCUUUCCAACUUUGGUGGGUGGCUGAAGAAUCAUAGAAUCCCCAAGAUUGAAAAAGAUCUACCAGAUCAUCCAGUCCAACUGUCCACCCACCACCAAUAUUUCCCACUAAAUCAUGUCCCUCAGUACAAUGUCUAAAUGAACAUCUCUGGGGUCACUGACUCCACCACCUCUCUGGGCAGCCCGUUCCAGUGUCUCAUCACUCUUUCAGGGAAGCAGUAUUUCCUAAC